AUGUUUCCACAGUCGGGAAAAUCCAUUGUCUUUGACAACUUUCCCGAUCCCACGGACAGUUGGGAGAUCAUCGAGACCAUUGGAAAAGGGACUUAUGGGAAGGUUUAUAAAGUCCUCAACAAGAAGGAUGGGAGCAAGGCAGCUGUCAAAAUACUGGACCCCAUCCAUGACAUUGAUGAGGAGAUCGAGGCAGAGUACAACAUCCUCAAGGCUCUGUCCGACCACGCCAACGUGGUUAAGUUCUUUGGGAUGUACUACAAAAAGGACGUCAAAAACGGAGAUCAGCUGUGGCUGGUACUGGAGCUCUGCAAUGGCGGCUCGGUGACUGACUUGGCCAAGGGCCUGCUGAAGAGAGGGGACCGCAUGCAUGAGCCCGUCCUAGCCUACAUCCUACACGAAGCACUAAUGGGUCUGCAGCAUUUACACGUCAAUAAGACCAUCCACAGAGACGUCAAAGGCAACAACAUCCUUCUGACCACACAAGGGGGCAUCAAACUCGUAGACUUCGGCGUGUCGGCACAGUUGACGAACACGCGGCUUCGGAGGAACACGUCCGUGGGCACGCCGUUCUGGAUGGCACCGGAGGUGAUAGCAUGUGAGCAGCAGUUGGACUCCACAUAUGAUGCCCGCUGUGACGUCUGGUCAUUGGGCAUCACCGCCAUAGAACUGGGUGAUGGAGACCCGCCCCUUGCUGACCUCCAUCCAAUGAGAGCGCUCUUCAAAAUCCCCCGGAAUCCGCCCCCAACUCUACACCAGCCAGAGAUCUGGACCAGUGACUUCAACAACUUCAUCAGCAAGUGUCUGAUCAAGGACUUUGAGCUGCGGCCCAAUGUGCUGGACCUGCUGCAGCAUGCCUUCAUCAAGCAGACCGUUGGAUGCGAGAAGACCCUGCAGAAACAGCUGAUGGAGCUCAUCGAAGUCAACCAGCAGAUGGGCAGCGUGGAGAAAACAAGCCAACAUGGAAAGUCCGACACAGAUGCAGAGGGUGAUGGCAGGCAUGAACGGAUACACACCAAGAAGAAGAACGGCCUGAAAGGUGCCAAGGAGGCGGCGCAUGACACUGUAGACGACUUGGCAACCAUGGAGGUCCUGGAUGAGAACACUGUCACCGAGCAGCUGAGAGUCCGCUACGCCUCAGAGCAGAUCUACACAUACGUUGGGGAUAUACUCAUUGCUGUCAACCCCUUUCGAGACAUGGACAUCUACACGUCAGAGCACACAAAGAUGUACAUUGGAGCCAAGCGGACGGCCAACCCCCCACACAUAUUUGCUGUGGCAGACAUUGCCUAUCAGUCCAUGAUUUCCUACAACUCUGAUCAGUGCAUAGUGAUCAGUGGAGAGAGUGGUGCUGGGAAGACAGAGAGUGCCCAUCUCCUGGUGCAGCAGCUCACUGUCCUGGGCAAGGCUAAUAAUCGCACACUCCAAGAGAAGAUCAUUCUGGUAAACAACCUUGUGGAGGCCUUUGGCAAUGCCUGCACAGUCAUCAAUGACAACUCGAGCCGCUUUGGCAAGUACCUGGAGAUGAAGUUCACGGUUGGCGGAACAGUGGUGGGGGCCCAGAUCUCAGAGUACCUGCUGGAGAAAUCUCGCGUCAUCCACCAGGCUGUAGGAGAGAGGAAUUUCCACAUUUUCUAUUACAUCUAUGCUGGCCUGUCUGAGCGGAAGAAACUCGCCCACUACAAGCUUUCCGACAGCAAAACUCCCAAAUAUCUUCACAGCGAUCACAUCAAGCUGAUGGCAGACAUCAUGGGCAACACCUUCUACAAGGAGCAGUUUGAGGCGGUGGAGCAGUGCUUCAAAGUCAUAGGAUUCACCCUGGAGGAGCUGGGUAGCGUUUACAGCAUCCUGGCGGCCAUUUUGAAUGCAGGUGACAUUGAGUUUGCCUCGGUGGCCUCUGUGCACCAGACGGACAAGAGCAACAUCAGCAACACGGCCGUGCUGGAGAACACUGCCACGCUGCUGCGCAUCAGUGCGGAGGAGCUGCAGGAGGCGCUGACGUCACACUGCGUGGUGACGCGCGGAGAGACCAUCGUGCGCUCCAACACCGUGGAGAAGGCAGCCGAGGUGCGGGACGCCAUGGGCAAGGCCCUCUACGGACGCCUGUUCAGCUGGAUAGUCAACCGAAUAAACUCCUUACUCAGGCCCGACAACUAUGGGGAGGAAGACAAAGGGCUGAACAUUGGUAUCUUGGACAUCUUUGGCUUUGAGAACUUCAAGAAGAACUCUUUUGAGCAGCUCUGCAUUAACAUCGCCAACGAGCAGAUCCAGUUCUACUUCAAUCAGCACAUAUUCGCCUGGGAGCAGGAUGAGUACCUGAAUGAGGAGGUGGAGGCGCGUCUGAUCGAGUAUGAGGACAACCGGCCACUGCUGGACCUCUUCCUGCAGAAGCCCAUGGGCCUGCUGUCCCUGCUGGACGAGGAGAGCCGCUUCCCCAAGGCCACCGACCAGACACUCGUGGAAAAGUUUGAGGGCAAUCUGAAGUCCAAGAACUUCUGGAGGCCUAUACGAGUGGACCUGGGAUUUGGCAUCAACCACUACGCUGGCAAGGUGAUCUAUAAUGCAGCAGGCUUUCUUGCCAAAAACCGUGAUGCCCUUCCUGCUGACAUAGUCUUGCUACUGAGGUCCUCAGAGAACGACCUCACCCGCAAGCUAGUCACCAACCCCCUCACCAAAACAGGUAACCUGGCGCACACCAAGGGCAAGAAUGCCGCCAGUCACCGCAGUACACGGGCCACUGCGCGCUCCCUCAACUUCACCAAGGGAGAUGGAGGUGAUACCUCUCACCACCCCAGAGAAACGACGAACAUGAGGACCCAGACCGUGGCCUCGUACUUCAGAUACUCCCUAAUGGACCUGCUGUCUAAGAUGGUGGCGGGACAGCCCCACUUUGUGCGCUGUAUCAAACCAAACACCGACCGGCAGGCCAACAAGUUCGACCGGGAGAAAGUUCUGAUCCAGCUGCGCUACACCGGCAUCCUAGAGACGGCCAAGAUCCGUCGCCAGGGUUACUCCCAUCGCAUCUUAUUCCCCAACUUCAUCCAGAGGUACUAUAUGUUGGCAUUUCGGGGCCACGAAGAACCACCUUCAACUCCGGAGACCUGUGCGACCAUUUUGGAAAAAGCCAAACUUGAGAACUGGGCACUUGGCAAAACCAAGGUCUUCUUGAAAUACUACCAUGUGGAGCAGCUGAACCUGAUGACUCGUCUGACCACGGAGCGCAUUGUGCUGGUGCAGGCCUGCGUGAGGGGCUGGCUCGGAGCCAAGCGCUUCAAGAUGACCCUGCAAAAGAGAAACGAGAGUGCUGUAGUUCUGCAGUCAGCGUACCGAGGACAACGAGCACGGAAACAGGUUGCAGGUGACAAAAGCAAAGCCAAGUUAGAAUCCCGGAUUGUUCGGUUCCAAGCAAUCUGUAGAGGAUAUCUGGCCAGACAAGUGCUGAAGGCAUUAAUAGAUGAGAAGAAUAAAGCAGCCGCCAAAAUCCAAGCUCACUACAGGGGUCACAAGGAGAGAAAAAGUUUCAAAAAGAAAAAAGAAGCCAUGGAGCAGGAGAAGGCCCAGAAACUCAAGGAGAAGGAAGAGGAGGACACCAAACCCCCUGCCCCCAUGCAAGAGGGCAGCGACCAGACAGCGGAAGUGUCAGACAUCACAAACUCAGGUCCGGCUGGUGUAGCCGCAAGCUCAGACACUGCAGCCGCUGAAGAUGAUGAAGAGAAGGCUGCGGUAGUUCUCCAGAGCAACUACCGGGGCUACAAAGAAAGGAAAAAGUUCAAGGAACGAAAAAAGACUAUGGCUGGCGAAGAGCUGGCUAUGCCCUCAACAAUUGCCAGCAAUGACAAUGAACCAGAACCUUCCACCACGGGAAGAGUAGUAGAGAAGACUGAACCAGCUGGACCCGUUGGAGAGAACCAGGCUAUAGCUGAAGGAGAACCAGACACGCAACAGGAGGAGAAGGCUGCCACGGUGCUGCAGAGUAACUUCAGAGGGCAUAAGGAACGUCAGCGUCUGGAAAAGGAAGGCAAGCUGCCGAGGAGAGGGAAUGGAGAACAGAAAAGCACCCCCAAGGAGAGUCAGGACUCUCCAGAUGUGGAAGAGGCCACAGAAGCAAUAGAGGUGCAAGAGGAAGGGAGCACGGCCAAGCAGGGUGGGGGUGACGCAGGGAAGGUGCAAGGAGAGGGGUCCGUAGGAGAGGAGGAUGAAGAGAAGGCUGCUGUUGUUCUCCAAAGCAACUUCAGGGGCCACAAGGAGCGCAAGAAGCUACAAGAAGAAGGGAAGAUCCCAAAGAAGAAAGAGGCAACGCCAGCCAGUAGUGGGUCAAAGCCUGUACCGGAACCGAAAACGGAAUCGGAACUGGAGGUUGAAAUGGCCACAGAAUGUUUGCCUGAAUCAGGCCCUCAGGAACCGAACGUGGACCCAGAGGAAGAGAAAGCGGCGACUGUCAUCCAAAGCAACUUCCGAGGACACCGAGAGAGGAAGAAGCUGAAGGAGCAGAGAGAGGCAAACGGCCAAAAAGAAAAGGGAUGCGCAACACUAAAGGAGGAGACGGGAACAGAAAUGGCGGAAGAGGCGGAAGAGGCUCUGGAGCUCACCGAUAUUGAGGUGGAGCAUAAGACUAACUCCGAGCUGGAAGAGGAACAGCAGGCGGCCGUCAAGAUCCAGAGUAACUUCAGGGGUCACAGGGACAGGAAGCAGAUGAAGGCCAACACUCAGAAAGAGGCAGAGGAACUGGAACAAUUCACCAAACAGGUUGAGUAUGUCUCAACGGAGUGCUUCAGUGUGCAACAGAAACUGAAUGAGAUCAUCAUGGCACACCAGAUGGAUCCGAACACCAACGGCAUGUUCAUGAAGGGAAAAGUUGUGAAUGGCUACAAUCCCCCGUCACCAGUGGACAAGCAGUUACGCACUCCCCGGCGGACACAGAAACCAAAGACACUGAACACACCGGAGGAUUCCACAUAUUACACUCUUAUUCACAGGACUGUCCAGGAAGAGGAAAGGAAAAGGCCGGGGCCAAGAAAGAAAUGUGGGAGAAAGCUGCCAAACGUGGACGACCAGUAUUACCAGGACCUGUCCCCCCGUAGGUCCCCGGCUCCCUUACCCGACGACAGGGGCACAUCCUUGGGCUCCAGGAGUGCAGAGAGGCCCCUCUCUGAACCAGGGACUCCCGUGGCCCCCAGUGAGAAGCGGCGAUCGCUUCCCAAGAAAAUGCCAUCCGCGGAGAGUGAGGAAGGUGACAACCCCUACGACUACAGGAAACUCUUACGGAAGACAUCCCAGAGACAGAGGCUCAUCACACAAUGUUGACUAGCCGUCUGUACGUGUAUGGCACAGGUCUGGGAAAGAUGUGUCUGUGCAUGUGUGCGCGUGAGAGACGCCGAGAGGGUGAGAGAAGAGAGGAAGCGCGAGCGAGAGAGAGACGGUGUAACGUUGCUGUCGACCAUCUUUCUCACCGAGUGGAACUGACGUCUGCACAAAAUCAGACAACACAGCCGUUCUCUUUUCAGUACCUCUGUACAUGUUUACAUGUAGACUGUGUGUAUUGUAGUAGGAGGCACUGAUGUGGCACCGUGUUUCCUUGACUGCACCAUGCGAGGUCUUUCCAAGAUUUGGGCAAAUUCCAUUCCUUACCCACAUAAUAACACAUUGGAAGUCCUAUGGAGAUUGCAUGGUAUGCAGAUGGAGGUGGAAAGAAUAAGUGGCUCCUGCUGUAUUGGUUUCCAUUGUAAGAAUGGAAUGAAAUGAAACAGAAUGUUGUACGAAUGGGUUAGAUCUUGCCACUGAAUGAAUGAAGAUGAUCAAAAUAUGUCCUUUGUAUCAUCAAGCUAAAAAAAAAAGACCUUAAUGCUACACUCAUCUUUCUGUAAAUGAUGCAAUAUCUGAGCAAUCCACUUAUGGGAUCUAUUUAAGUCAUGAUUGGUGUGAUAUUGACAUCAUGCAGAGGAUUCUGGCCUCUGUCACAGUCUGAUUUUUUUGCCAUUUGUAUAUUACUAUGAAAUGAUGGUUAGUCCCAAAAUGUUUAAGUGAAGAACCAUCUGAGUCAGAAUCCCUUGUGCACUGUACAGUUGUUCACUCGCUGCACAUUUUCUCUUGUAAUAUAUUUUAUGUUUCUCUGUUCCUUAAUCACUAAUUAUUUACUAAAAGGUUUUAUGUCUGAAGUGGAUGAUGCUGGUCAGACGUCAAAAUGUGUAACUGUAAAUAGAUGGAGAAAAGAAUUGUGUCUCUGUCUUGUUGAUGAUCCUAUGUUUGUGCUGUACAUAUCCUUUUCAUGCACAAGAGAGUGCUGUGUAUGAUUUCACAAUGCCUGUCAUUUCAGAGUGUGAAUCUUAAUAGCACAUUGGCUUCAUUGACUAUACUGUACUUAUUAUUGUCAGAACAGAAUCUUGGCCAUAACAUUCACAUUCAUCACGGUUUGUUUGUAGA